AUGUCGGACGCCGAGACAGGUCCAAGCAAGGAAGCCAUCGCCACACGCGAGCGUGAAGAGCGCGAGCGCAAGGCAAAAGAAGACGCAGAACAAGCCACACUGCCGUACAAGUGGACGCAAACAAUUAAAGACGCUGAUGGACGGGAUUUGCGGGUUGAGUUGAAUAAGACUAAGAUAUUCGUGGGCAUUAAAGGCGGGGAAACGUUUAUUGAUGGAACGUUCCCACACCCCAUCCAUGUCGACGAAUCGACAUGGACUCUCGAGUCCACGUCUCAACCGCCCGGCAAAGAAAUUUCUAUCCACCUUGAUAAAGUCAACCAAAUGGAGUGGUGGCCGCACAUCGUCACAUCCGCGCCACCCAUCGACGUAUCGAAGAUCACACCGGAGAAUUCAAAGCUUGGAGAUUUGGACGGGGCGACGAGGAGUAUGGUGGAGAAAAUGAUGUAUGAUCAACGACAAAAGGAGAUGGGAAAGCCGACCAGCGAUGAGCAGAAGAAGAUGGAGCUAUUGAAAAAGUUCCAGCAGGAGCAUCCAGAAAUGGACUUUUCCAAUGCGAAGAUUGGCUAA